AAGGGAAAUCAGUAUCAGGGCAACCACGUCAAGCUUCACAUUAACUUCCCGAACAACCAAGAAGUCAUCAUGUCGACCAACGAAACCAACCAAGUGCUGCAGCGCCUGAACAGCCUGAAAAUUGUGGAAACCCCCAAGGAACAGAGGGAACUGGACAGCCGGGAGUGCUACUCCCUGGACAGCAAGAAGUAUGGACUAGUGCCCGCCACCCCCAGCAGCAGUGGAACCGGAAAGUUUCAAACCGAGCUCAAGAAACGCCGCAAAAACAAACUCAAUCGCACGUACACUUACGAGGCGGACAAACACUUCAUCAGGGCUCGCAAAUCUUUGAACUUCUAAUCAUAACCCAAUGU